GAGUAGGACAUCAUUCAAGGUAUAUAAAUAUUCUUCCCGUUAUCAUAAUAAACGUUACACCGUUCACUGUAACAACAUGAAGCUUCCGGCUGCAAACGUCAAGGAGAGAAUUUUAACACGGAGAAGGAUUUCAGAAAAUGUUUGUGAUACAACAGAUUCGCGGUGAGCUGGAAGGUAUGAUAAGGCGUUCUAAUCUAUAUAGAGUGACUGAAGAGGUAAGUAUGUUCUAAAAUUAAAACCCACUUCAUCCACCCACCGAGAAGAAAAGUCCGGAGAUCCGUAAUUCAUAGACAUCCCGUUACACAUCAUUAAUGAAGGCGUGAGGCACUCCACGUACAUGAUGGUCAAAAUAAACCCACAAGACAAAGAUGGGAAGAUUUAUAUACAUGAAGUCCACACCACACAGACCUCAGUUUUCAGACCUGGCGAUGAGCUCGUGGCAUUAGACAGUGAGCUUAUUAACGACUUCACCGUUGAAAAUAUACAAGGACUCUUCUCUUUUGAAACGGACGCAAGUGAACAGCGAGUUAAGAAUGUGACGAUAAAACGAACAGAGGAUUUGGAGAAUGGAGCAGCAGGAGAAACAGAGGAGCUUGACGUGGAGGUUGCCAUCGUGACAGACAUGAUUUCCAUAAGAACCAAUGAACAUGCUAGGUGGACACGUGUACGAUUCCCAAGACCACAAAGGCAGCGGCAUCAAAAGCGGAGGGUACAGUGGGUGAAAACGAAGCGUGGCGGAGUACAACAAGUGUUCAUUCAAACAAACAAUAGCAAAUACCUGACGGUCCGGAAUGGUGGCAUCGUGGGAGACAAUUUGGGUACAGACAACAUGGACGAUUUUACAUUCCAUUUGGAGCCAAUGGUAGCAGCUUACUCAAAGGCCCUUCGACGUUCCAAAGUCGUCAUAUGCUGUAAGAUUCGUUGGAAAUCCUUCUGGGUCAAAACGGUAGAGGGCAGUGAUGGGGAACUCGGAAUGGAACUGAGUGACGAUGACACUGACGAUCAUCUAGCUGUGUUCAAACGUCGGGUGAAGUCUGACGGACGGUUCGGAACUGGAUUCGAGUGCCUUUUGUUCAAAAAUGUUUACCUCCAGUAUAUUCCCCAACAAAACAAAGUGGAUAUUAAGCCGUACAAUCCUCGAGGAGACUUCGGCACAACUCUUAGAUUUGUUCCUGCGUCUACUCUCUUCCGAGUGAUAUCAGUUAAAACGUCUUCCACUUCGAAUCUCCUUUAUUCGCCGAACGACACAUCACCGAGGUUCAGUGCACACAUAGACGAGUUUGAAGCCGCCGAAGGAACAACUGGUUGUUGUUCCAAGUGUUUCGGCUUCUUCAAACAUCACAAAUCUCGUUCGGACAGAAACGAAUCUAUAAGCAGUUAUCCCACAAUACCUUCAACAGACAUAGCGAGUAGGGCAGACACAGAAGGUCCAACAAAUUGACAUGUUCGUAUAUAUAUAUAUAUAUAUAUAUAUAUAUAUACAUGACUUUUUAAAUUUAUUAUAUUUUUGGUGUGUUAGUAAUUUGUAUAAUUGUAACCUUGCUAAAGGAAAUCGACCUCGUUGAUACAUCUGAUUGACUUCUUUUCAACUGAUGUUAAAGGUGAUGGCAUGGUAGAUCUACGUUAUCCGUUGCAAUGUUCAUUCUUUUUUGUCUCGCAGUGCGUGUUUAUUAAACGAAACUACCUGCGCAUUGAAUAAACCCUAUAAACUAUAAAAAUAGUUCCGCGCUGUUUUGACAUUAUGACGAAAAAAAAGGUAUCAGCAUUUAUCUAAAAUGAUAUUUGAAAGAAAAACGAACGUUGUUUGUAGCAAGCAAAGCUGUAGAUAUGUAUUCCUUUUUUGCCAAGAUAUCAAAAUUAAACAUUAAGUGUGUAUCGUCAUUUUGACCAACCAGAAAUGGGCAUUUAAGUUACAUUCCAUACGUUUUUUUAUAUGUAUUAUUUAUAAACUUAACUCGUAACUUUCAAUCCAUGUAUAUUUCAAGAGGAUAUUUCACAUUUACAUAUCAUGACAAAUCCGGAUUUCUUCUUCACGUGAUUUCAACAGCUCACCUUUCCGUAUCUUUUCCCGAUGAUAUUUAUUAAACAAUUGUUGGCAUGAUUCUUUAAAACGCAAACAACUCAACGCUUAGUGCGCAAAUUUAAAUGUUACGAAAAAGGAAUUAUCGAGCAAUCAUCACAUCGUCGAAAAAUAUAAGAAAUCCACAAUUUAUUCGCACUAUCUAUUUAUGGGCAAUAGUUUCCAUCUUCUCUACGUGGCAUUAACGUAUUGUUAUGUAUGAUACCUAGGGUCAUUACAUAUUGUGUACAUAUUCAUUGAUUGGAUGUGCUAACUGUUAUUUAUUUAUGUUACCUAGGGUCAUUACACAUUGUGUACAUUUUCAUUGUUUGGAUGUGCUAACUGUUGUUUAUUUAUGUUACCUAGGGUCAUUACAUAUUGUGUACAUUUUCAUUGUUUGGAUGUGCUAACUGAUGUUUAUUAAUGAUACCUAGGUUCAUAACAUGUUGUUAAUAUAUGGGUUACAGUGAUAAGAUGUAGUAGCUGUUGUUUAUUUAACUCGAGUAAGCUAAUUUUCAAAUUUCAAUUAAACAUUAGGUUUAGGCAACAAAA